AUGGCGGUCGUAAUCCAGAGUCGCGGAGUGGUGGGGUGUGGUGGGGGAGGAAGGCGCAGCGCCGUGCCUAGGGGAAUCCGGACCCAAGCUCGAGGUGGGAAACCUGCCCCUAGACCGGUCCGACGACCCUGGCGAAAGGCAUCCAUCAACCCCGCUCAAAGAUUAAAAAGCGGAGUUGUCGACUCGUCGACGGGAUUAUCGACUGACAUGCGUAGACACGCUCCUGAAAUUCGAAAGAGGGGCGCGACCGAUGCCGCAUGCACCGCAUGCACCGAGGUUUCCUCUGGUUUUCUCGCGCCCCGACCGGUGGAAGAAACGCGUCGGCCGAAGACUUCCCAUGGGGGAAAUAUACGUACAAAGGCAAGACAUUUCCUGUUUCACGCGGAACGAGCCAGCAAACAGUCUUCCUUUGAGGUUAAUUGCGCCCAUCCGAGCUUGGCAGCAACGGUGCCUCCGCUAAUUAUUACUACUGGGACCUUCUAUGAAUCGCACGGGUGAAGAGCUAACGGGACAGAAGACCGACUCGAUACCGAGUGCAAUUGCAAGGACUUUGCAGGAACUCCCGGCGAAUAAAGGCAGAGCUUUUCCUACACAAGGAAAAUCUUAAAAGCCAAGGUAAUAAACGGAGUAUCUUGGCAUUUGCAAUUAUGAAUCCUGACCUCCUUACAUCCGAUAUCUACUUCCAAAUUAACACAAGCAUGCUAAUAAGUAAUUAAGCAUAUGUAUACCAUUAAAGUGAAAUAAGAGGAACAAAUGUCACCUUUAUCUCGAUUUCAAAAGACGUUCCCAAAAAUGGCCGAAACAAAAACAUUACGUCAGGAGGGAACGCAAGGCCAGUGCUGGCAUAAACUUAACGUAGCGGUUGAAUAUUUCGCGGAGGGUUGUAUUUCGUCGGCAGAUGCACUUGGCGUCAAUCGAUAGUCGUUUUAUCACCCCUCGAGAAAGCCGUUGCGCCUCGAACGUGUCCAACAACGUGCGCGCCCUUCGACGUUUCGCCGCGUCGGCAAAAUCGAUCGGCCUGAAGACGCUUAGCCUUAA